AUGCUGCAAAUAAUCACCUACUCUGGAACUGCCAACCCAGCCGAGCAUCUUGAGUCCUUCAAAGCUUUGAUGGAGCUUCAUGGCGUCUCGGCCCCCGUAAUAUGCCGAGCAUUCUCCUCGACCUUAUCAGGAGUUGCUCGGCAGUGGUUCAGGCAGCUGAAGCCGAGAUUCAUCGGUUCCUUCUUGCGGCUCAGCAAAGCCGUCCUCACACAUUUCAUUAGUGGGAGAGACAGAAGAAAGCCAUUAGCUCAUCUUCUCACGAUCAAGCAGAGGGAGGACGAGCUAUUAAGAGACCACCUCAUCUAUUUCAAUGCCGAAGUUGUCCAGGUCGAUGAUUAUUCCGACCAGAUAGCUCUGACCGCCAUAGUGGCUGGCCUUAAACAAGGAAAGUUCCUCUUCUCUAUUGGUAAGAACUCUCCGAAUACCCUCGUUGACCUACUUAACCGAGCUAAAAAAUAUUCCAAUGUCGAGGAGCUCUUUAGUUCACGAAAAACUGUUCGAAGAAGAAAUAACUCGACUGAGGAUAGGAAGCGAAGGGAAAAGGGGGAACAUUCUACCGUUAAUGCCAAAAGAAAGAAAGAGGACGACCAAGACCAAAACCAGCAUACCAACCGACAUUUAAAAAGUCGUUUCCAUCGGUACAUUACCUUGAAUGCCAAGCCGGAGCAAGGACGGAAAGAAGUCGAGUUGAGUAAGGAAACUUGA